AUGGGUCUUUAUAGUGUGUAUGGAAUAAAGAACGUACUUGAGAUAGUAAAUCCAGUUUAAGUCCAAAAUCUAAUGAGAAAUAUCAGACCUUACAUUCAGGAUAAAUCAGAAUCAAUGGGAGAUGUAAAGUAUGAUAUAUAUAAUGCAGUUGCUGGAGGAUAUCUAUUUAGAAGCAAAUGCUUCGAAGUGCCUGAGGCGGCUACUAACCCCCUGAAAAUUUAUGCAAUCUUUUAGGCAUCAGUAAUGGUUAAGCAAUCAGCUUUUAACUUCUUUACUGACUUCGUUUAUGAUGAUGUGCUUUCCAUGUCUCAAGUUGAUUAGGAAUUCAACCUAUUCAAAGCUUUUGUAGUUGAAGGUAAAGAUCCUAUGUCGAAAGAGAAUACUAAGAAAUAUUUUUCCUUAGAGGAAGUCAUCAAUGGAAGGAAUACAUUUUACGCUGAAAUAAAGGAAGCCGUUGACAAGAAGUUCAAGAUUGCUCUUAAGAUCUGGUUGAGAAUAAGAAAUCUUGAUAAAGCAAAUUAGUCCAGCAAAGUUUCAAGUUAACCACCAGGAACUGCUUAUUAAGGGAUAGGAACCGCACAAAACUUGGUAGUCUCUGAUGAUGAUUAUGUCUAUGUCAAAACUGAAAAGAUUUAUGUGCUCCAUCUAGUUGAGAGAAGAUAAAUGGAAAACAUUGUAUACACAUCAUAUUCACAUUCACCAAUGUCUGCUCUGCUAGAGGGAGUGUUUCAAAGUAGGGAAGCCGCUUAGUAAUAUGCCUCAUUUUACAUAUCGAAGGAUCAAAAUCCAGCUGAAAAGUCUAGACUACAAAUCUAUUUAGAAGACAAAUAUUUUUAGAUCUUCAAGAAAUAUCAAAAGAAUAUCAUGUCCCAUGCUCUCUAUGAAACACUAAUGAUAGUAUUGCUUGAGAAAGAUGAAGUGAGGAAGCAGAUUGUUGAUGGUGUGAUGGUCCUUCUGAACUUAUCAUCUUGCAAAUUAUUUGGGCUGACAUCAAUAACUUAAGUCUUGCAGAAGUUGCUCUAAGCUUUCUACGAUUAUAAAUUCCCUUAAUUCAGAAAAAGUCUGGAGAAUUAGUUCUAUACUUUCUAUUCAAGACUAUAAGAGAUCAUGGCUACUGGAUUUUGCGCAGAAAUUAUUGUAUUUAGAAAGUACCUCGACAUCUUGAUUGAUUCUAUUUCUGGCUAGGGACAUUAAGAAUUAGAAAUAGAUAACUCAACAAUGGAGACUUUUAGAAAUAUAGAGGCUAUAUUGAAAUGUGUGUCAUCUUCAGAACUAACUAAUGUCUCUUAAACUUACCAUAUUGCUAAAAUGACUAUUAACAUGGUGGUCAAUAAAUUUGGCUCCCAAUUGAAUUCAAACUUUAUAAGUCAAGAAAAAUACUAGCAGAAUAAAGCAUUCGAUAAAGCAGCAAAGCUAUCACAAGAAAAAUCAAAAAAUAAGCAAUCGAAAUUAUACCCAUCUAAAGAUGAAGAUAUUCAUAUUUACAUGUAAUAUACAGUUGACACCUUUGUGUAUGAAAGCAUUUACUAUAUCCUAAGAGAUUAAUUCUUUUAUGAAUAAUUUCCAAAUGCUCUUGCUAUUGCAAGCAUGAGAAUUCAAGCUCACUUAAUGAGAUUUGAUCUUUAUGGAGGCAUCCCAGAUGAAUAUAUCAGAAGAUAAGAACUUUAAAAGCCUUUUUAGAAUGCUUAACCUCCUAUGACUUUAUACAUUUUAGGCAAUAGCGAAAUGAGAGAUAAAGACUUACCCUUCCCGAUUUCAGAUUUUUUCACCUUAAGUGUUACUUCUCCAAAUGACAUUAGUAUAUUCAAGAAAUUUCUGAACAACUAUGAGAUAGCCAAACUAAAUAUUGGAGAUAUGUUUGAAGGUGGGUACUUGAAAAUUUUAACUUCAAUUACUGGUUACUCAAUCUUCAAUAAGUAUGCAAGACUUAACAAGAAAUCUUCAUUUUGGACAAUGAUGUAUGACAUUAUCAUGACUGGGUAGUCUUUUGAUGCUGCUAUUCCUUCUUACAUAGCAUUGAUUCUAAGAUAUGCCUUAUUCUUAUACAAGUAAACAGAUGCUGUAGUUCUGGGUUUUUAUACAGAUGAUGAUAUUGACAACGCAGCUGUAACUAUAUUUUAGAUAAAAGGGGAUGCAGACUUAAAGGAAGCAAGCAGGAAAAUGUAUGAAUUCGUCAAAGGUAGAAUUAGGAUUUACAUGAGAAUGCUCCUGCCACUUGAGACUGAUUUUAAGAAGGUUCAUGUUUACUUCAACCUUCAUUUCAAAAAUGAUUCAACCAAUCAAGCAUAUUCAUCACUCUACCAUGUAAAUUCUAUUCAUGAUGUUGCAAAAGUCUUCUUUAAGAUUGAAGACUUUACAGACUGGGACAUUGUACAAAAAUCACAUCCUUAUUUUUCGCCUACAGAACACUUAAUAGAAGAGUACAAAACAGCUUACUUAGACUUUAGAUUCCUAGAUGCCUUCAAAUGCCUAAUUAUUCUCAAAAUCAUGGAUGAAAAAGAGGAGCAUUACUUCCAUUUUAUGAGAGUGCUUUACUCCUAGGCUGAGACAUUUAAUAUCUUAGUUCAUGAUAUCCAAAUAAUGAGAGAUAUUGUUAAGGACAUUUACAGAGCUGAUAUUCAUAAACUGCAAGUCAAGAAGGUAGGACCCAUUAAUCUAUUGAAUUACUACCUUCAAAUAAGAGAAACUAUUUCCUAAGAGAUUAAGAACUCACAUCUGACUAUAAUAGAUGGAUAUCAGACUAGAAUUAUCAAUUUAAUGCAAGACCUUGAGUUAUACAUAGUGAUAAUUAAAACACCUUCCACGCUGCCACACAAGGUGAUAAAGACACUUGAGACUAUUUAGAGAAAGUUUAAGUAAAUAGAGUUGAUUUUGAAAGUGAUUAGCAAUUGCUAGAUGCUCUAUGCAAGUGAAUAUAUGAAGAGCACUUUCAACAUUAAUGCUUUUGAUGAUCCACUUACUAUUGAGUGA